CGCGCGUGCGCAGUUCACCACAUCGAAAAUGAUUGCCUCAAACUCUCGGAAGUUUAGCCAAGUUGCUGUGAUGUAGCUGGCCAGCUAGCUAGCUACAUAUAUAACGUUAGCUAAAAGACGGUGCGACUAAGGGCAGGCCCACAUUUUAUGUUGGCAUAGCAGGUAAAGCAUCAUGACUGCUCCUCCUCAGCCUCGGAGGAAAGAACCAGGGAUACUGGUGGCUGGAUCUAGACAUCAGAUGGUGCUCUGAAGAAGCCAUGGGAAGCUGCUUGAGCUGUCCAGAGAAGGAGUCAAUCCCAGAUAAUCAUCAAACCAAAUUUAAGGUGAUAAAUGUGGAUGAUGAUGGGAACGAGCUGGGCUCGGGCGUGAUGGAGCUGACAGAGGCAGAGCUGGUCCUCCACACCCAUCGCCGUGACGAUGUUAGGUGGCCUUACAUGUGCCUGCGUCGCUAUGGCUACGACUCCAACCUCUUCUCAUUCGAGAGCGGCCACCGCUGCAAGACGGGACCAGGAUGAGGACUGGUGGUGAGAGAGAGGGAGGGGUGGGGGUUGUGACAGGGGGGUGGUUACUAUGGGUUCCGGUAAGUCACACUCCUUGUGUUCCCACCUCAUGCUGUGAUGAUGAAUGACAUAAUACUGUGAUUACCAGAAAUAUUAGUCAGAAAUAUAAUCAUUAUGGCAUCGUUGACUUAAGUAUGGAUUGGAUGUCCAUUUUACUGAUUCUAUUUCUGUGGUUACAGUAUUGAUGCCUGUGUCUGACUCUGUGUGGUGCUGUGAGAGGGAGUUUUUUUGUUUGUUUUGUUGCACAAGUAGAGCAUAGCUGUGUGUUCUGUGUUUUCUCUUUGUGCAUUAUGCAGUGUUAGUUUGUCUAUUGUUAUGCUGUAUUUAUGGUAGUUCAAAUCAAAUUUUAUUUGUCACACAUACACAUGGUUAGCAGAUGUUAAUGCGAGUGUAGCGAAAUGCUUGUGCUUCUAGUAAUUCCACAACUACUACCUAGUAAAGGGAUAAAGAAUGUGUUCCUUAUUGAUAUUUUGCUAUCUUUUCCUUGUCCUUUAUCUCUACCACUCUGUUGCCUUCCCCUACCUAGUCCAUUUAGAUCAGUGAUCACAAGGUAGACAAGGGCAUAGGUUCGAAGACCCGAUAAAUGUACAAACCUUUUGUAAACAUGAAGGUCUAAGCAGUGCUGAUAGUGGUUGUGCGUCUCAAUUGUCUGUAUUGCGGUCGUGCGCCCAUAUGUGAUUCCUGGGUUGUUUUUUGACUGCAAUUUCACUGUUUUGACUGCAGUUUGACUGUGUUUUAUUUGUUUCUUGUCUUUGCAUUUGUUUGUGUAUUUUUAGGGAUCUUUGCCUUCAAGUGUGUGCGGGCAGAGGAGAUCUUCAAUAUGCUGCAGGAGGUAAUGCACAGCCACAGCAUCAGUGUGGUGGAGGAGGCUGUGCUGGAGGCCAACCACCAGUCUGCUCUGGGCUACUCUGUCCCCACCGUGCCCAAUGGUGUCACCCGGAUCCCUUCGGUGGGCGACACCCCCUCGCACCCCUCCACGCGCCACCCAUCUGUGGCUAGCACCCGCCUGCCCUCGGUGGGAGAGGAGUCCUCACACCCCCUGCUAGUGGCUGAUGAUGCGAUCCACACCUAUGUGAACACCACAGGUCUGCUGGAUGACCAGCCUAGCCCUCUGACUGUUCCAGCCCCCCUGGACAGCCCCGACUCAGGCCAGUCCCAGUGUUCCCCUACACCCCCCCCUCCACGGGUAGCCAGACCAGAGCCUCUGCCCCCCAUGCCCCAGCUCCAGGAAGAGCCCCAGGUACUGCUCGAGCCCCUGGGGGUGCGCUUCGUGCUGGGACCCACCCCUGUGCAGAAGAAGAUGGCCAAGGGGAAGCAGUCUACUGGGGGUGGAGAUGGAGAGGAGGCAGAGGAGGACCCAGAGUCCCCGGAUCUCGGAGAGGGGGAGACUAACAGCCACACCGACACACACUGUGCCACAGAGGCCCCAGCCCUACUGGAGGGCCAGUCUCAGCCGCCCCACACACACUCCAACGGCACCUCUGUCGGGGUUACUGCCCCAAUAACAGCCCCCCGCCCCCACCGCACGCCCCCCGACACCCUGCAGAAUGCCAACAACUCAGCCCAGCGACGCACGGCCCUCUUGGACUAUGAGAACCUCCCGGCUCUGCCGCCCGUCUGGGAGACCCGCAAGCCCAGCAACGAGGAGGUGGAGAACAAUGGAGGUGGCCAGGGGGGGCUGAAGACGCCAUCCCUCAACGGCUACAACCACCACCACUCCUACUCCCACCCCCUGUCAGCCUACCCCUCUCUUUCGGCCAUGGAACCCUCCCACAACUACGUCAACACAGAGAAUGUGACGGCUCCUCUCAGCGCCCGCUGUGCCCCCGACAUGGUACGCCGCCGCACCGACGGACCCACCAUCUUCAACUUUGACUUCCGCCGGCCAUUGGGGCUGCUGUGUCAGGAGCCUCCCAAGACGCUCAACUACAUCGAGGUGGAGAUGGAAUCUACCACCACCUCUUCAUCUGCAGCUGCCAAGGGUGCCUCCUCGGACACCAGCAAUCCCCACACACCCCGCACCCCCACCUCGCCGCUGCCACCUACCACCCCCACGCGCCGCACCGAGCUCUACGCCUUCAUUGACAUCGAGCGCACCGCCGCCAUGUCAAGCCUGCAGAGGGCUCGGCCGCGCGACGACGGAACGUCGAGGAAAACACGGCACAAUAGCACGGAGCUGCCCACCAAAAGCACUGUCUGACUGAACAGAUCCUCCUGGCACCUUUUUCUACUAUGAACCCCUUUAGAAAAAAAAUGUGAAGGCAGUCUACACGGGGGACUUUCUUAAUAAACACAGGCCAUGGAGACAUUGUAAAUGUAUUCAAAAAGACUCCAGAAAUAGGUCUUAAAUGAGAUUUAAACAGACUUUCUGUUGUGUGUGGUUGGUUACCAAAGUAGGUACUUACUUGCAAUAUACCAAUUUAUUCCUAUGGUAAUAUAAUACCUCUUCUCCUUCACUCAUUCUACAGUGCAUUUGGGUUGUUUAUUAUGUUAAUAAGACUGGACUGCAUUCCUCCCCCCCCCCCCCCUCUCUGGUACAAAUCAGAAUUAUUGAACAAAGCAUUCCAUUUAGACAUUUUGAAUGAUUUGAUUCACUACAUGCAUUGCUGCUGUAAUUUCAGUAUCUGAGGAUUACAUGGUACACUACAUGUUUCUGACUGUACACUAGAUCCUGGAACAAUAAAUGUCUGUUCUGUUUUUA